AUGGAUUCCAAUCCAUACCGGCAUGGUAGUAACUUUGUUGAUCUCCUUACGAGUCAACAAAGCGUCUUUAGUUUAGUUGAAGAAACUGUCCCUGAAGACACUCCUGCUGAGCGUAAGGAACGCCGGAUGUGGACGCUUGUAGAAGAUAUGGUGCUCAUCAGCUCCUGGCUCAACACAAUCAAGGAUCCAGUAGUGGGAAAUGAGCAACGGUCUGGGGCAUUCUGGAAUAGGAUCGCCGCUUACUUUGCGGCAAGUCCCAAGGUUGCAGCCACUGAACACCGAGAAUCAACUCAUUGCAAGCAGCGUUGGCACAAGAUCAAUGAUCAAGUCAACAAGUUCUGUGGGGCUUUCGAAGCAGCAACCAGAGAGAAGACAAGAAGCGGUAAAAGGAGGAAGUUAGACGAGGGUUCACAGUCUGAGACUUCACACGCUGUUGAGGAGGAGCGCCCCCCGGGUGUUAAGGCAGCAAAAGGGAAGAACAAGAAUGUCAAGUGGGAGGAAAGGCUGUCACAGUUUCAGACUAUGUGGGAAAUAAAACAAAAAGACUUGGUCUCCAAGGAUAGGCUAUCAAGAAAUCGGAUACUUGACCGUUUACUUGCAAAGCAAGAGCCCUUAGAUGAGGUCGAAAAUGAUGUUGUGAAAAAGCUCCUAGCUGAGUUGUUGAACUAG